UUGAUUUUCCAAUUCUGCAAAUUUGCAAAAAAUCAGGGCAAUUGUUUUUCCAGAAUCCAUUUUUGUAUGGGUUUGCAAAGUUGGGACAAACUUGGGGAAGGGGCGGAACGAGGGAAGAGAGGGGGAAGAAACCAGUAGAACAACAAAAUUACUGGAAUAAAACUUCUCUCUUCCCUGAGAAAACCGGAAAUUUAACCUUUCGAUCCUUCCUUUCGCUUCCCUUCCCCACCUCUAAGGAUCUGUGGGGGUUCACCGCCUCCUCCCGUGGCCUAUUACCAACAUUGCGGUUGAUGACUUGGAGAAUAAAUUUCCAUAACCAUACAUUGUUUGGCAUUGUCUAGCAAUGAGUUGUUUUUCAUGUUGCGGAACACUAGCCAAAAAAAAUGAUGGGAAAGAGAUACCUGCAGAAGAGCAGCAAAAUGAAACGGAGGGAACCGGUGGUGAACCUGUUGUUAAGCCAUCAGUCGCAAGUAAAAGAGCAUCAAAAAUGGCAUCAAUAAGGGCCUCUUUGAGGGCUAGCGUCAAGGAAAUCCUAUUAGUCAAAUCCAAAUUGUCAUUCGCAAACAUAUCUUUCAAAACAGACAGCAGCAGGCACAGAUACAUCCAUGAAGAGAUAGCUAAAUAUGGGAAGGGGAACAUCACCGCCAAGAUAUUCACCUAUAGGGAACUAUGUGAUGCAACUAACAACUUUAAAUCUGAGAAUUUACUCGGCGAGGGAGGUUUUGGUAGGGUUCACAAGGGAUACGUAGACAGCUUAAAGCAGGUUGUCGCAGUAAAACAGCUAGAUAGAAAUGGAUUCCAAGGGAACAGAGAGUUCCUUGUAGAAGUUUUGAUGUUGAGCCUUCUUCACAAUCCUUACCUUGUGAAUUUGGUAGGAUAUUGUGCUGAAGGCCCUCAAAGACUUUUAGCAUACGAGUUCAUGGAAAAUGGAUCCCUUGAGGAUCACCUUCUUGAACUAAAACCAAACAGGAAGCCGCUAAAUUGGAAGACCAGAAUGAAGAUAGCAGCAGGCGCAGCAAAAGGUCUGGAGUACCUUCAUGAUAUUGCCAACCCGCCAGUAAUUUACAGGGACUUCAAAGCGUCAAAUAUACUACUAGACAAAAACUUUAACCCGAAGCUCUCAGAUUUUGGCCUGGCAAAGUUAGGCCCCACAGGAAACGAGACCCACGUGAGUACAAGGGUUAUGGGAACAUAUGGCUACUGUGCCCCAGAAUAUGCAUCAACAGGCCAACUGACAACAAAGUCUGAUGUCUACAGCUUCGGGGUUGUGUUCCUUGAGAUCAUCUCCGGGAGGAGAGUCAUCGAUACUAACAGACCAAGUGAAGAGCAGAAUCUAGUGCUUUGGGCACAGCCUUUGUUCAAAGACAAGAGUAAGUUUCACUUAAUGGCCGACCCUUUACUUGAGAGUGACUAUCCAAUGAAGAAUCUCUACCAAGCACUAGGAAUUGCAGCUAUGUGUUUACAAGAAGAAGCUAGCACACGCCCUUAUAUCAGUGACGUGGUUAUUGCCCUUGAAUAUCUAUCUACAGAAAAAUCUGUGAACUUGGAGGAUUAUGAAGAGGAAGGAGAUGACAAUGAUGAAGCAAAGGAUGGGAGAGAAAGUGACCAGCCAGGCAACGGCACAGCAAAAGAAGGAAAAAAAAGCUGACACAAUGACAUCUUCAGGUGCUAGAUGUUUGAGGUUAUGCUACAAAUCUACAAUUGUACAGAAACUUCCUGACUGUCUUCUAUUCUGACAGAAUGAACUAGUGGAAACUCAAUCUGCUCUUGUGCUUGGAAUAGCCUUUCGAAUCUUAUCCUCUCAAGGCAAAACUGUGGUCAGAUUAUUGUACAAGUUGUAUAUGUUCUUCAAAUGUGAAAGACCUUAUUUCUAAUCAAAGAACUUUCAACCUUUGGCUCUGCUCGUAUUCAGCCAGCAAGAUUGCAAUAGAAUAUUAAAAUUUAAUACAUACAGGAGAGAGGAAUUCCACUGAUCUAACGUAUUUCUUGUACCACCACUGGUUUUUAUCGAUGUACUCACUUUCCAUUUUAAGGCAUUUUAUUUGAUGUUGCCAACUUCUACUUUAUUCUAUUCUUGGCAAUCAAUAUUUACCAUCUUUUUUACAACAAACUACACCUUUUUCACCUUCUCUUACUUAAUUCACUUUUUUGUUAUACCUACACACUUUUUUGCUCUCUACUUUAUUUACCUUUUUCUUACAUUCACUCACCUCUCCUAGAAACAAUAAUCUACAGUAACUGGGUACAUUAAUAGAAAAUGGAUGGAGUUAUAUUAGCACCUGAACUGCACAGAUUCUCCUAAAACAAAGUAAAAUUCAUAAAUAGCUUUAGA